CUCAUCCAGUCCAAUAUUUGCACAAUAUCGAUAAUUCACACAUGUAUCCUUUCAUGCAGGAGAAGUUAUGCUCAAACGUACCUCAUCAGGCCUUUUCACAGUGGGUCUCAAGUCUCAGGCAUGAAUCUCGCCGCACCUGAUACAACAAUUGUCAACACUUUCUUGGGGCACGGUAGGCUACCAAGCCGAACAUUCAACCACCGUCUAAGAUGCUCAACUCGCGAUUCCAUCGAUUUUGCAUUCUAUCACUCGUUCAUCCACCUUGAAGGUUUUCUUUCGUAACCGCUGGCCGGUCCCUUUUCACUCGUUUAAUUUUGUAAUGGUUCGACAAUUCACUUUUCUACCUAGCGAUCGAAGGCCGACUGGAAAUGAUGGCCGAACGAUGCGACAUAGCCACUGGGGACGCUACAAUACCUUCUACGGACUUUCGUUUACGACAACCCUUUCGACAGUACUUUUGCUUUCACAACUCAACGAAUGGCGUGUAACUGGAGAGCUCUUCACCCUGGCAAACAGAUUUCCUGGUUCCGCAGCGCUUGUUGUACAGCUUCUCGCCGCUUUCUUCGGUCUUUUGCAUCUCGCGGUCAUCUGCAAACUCAUGAACUAUGCACUUCGACUACGUCUUGCCAACGUCAGCGUGUCUCUGGACGUAUUGCGUACAUGGGUGGAUAUGAGCAUCAUGAGAGUGGACUGGGACUUACCCCUGCGCUUCUUCUUUCCAUCCGUCCUUGUCGUGCUACUUAGUCUUGUACCUGCGGCGCUCUGGGCUGGUUCAAUGACACCAUCGGUAUCGCGUACCGUAGGCGGCGGCAUGCUUCUUAUACCCAGUUACGAAGACGUCUCGAUGAUCAAGGAAUAUCCGAUGAUGAUUGGCAGCUCAGGACCGUCAAUGCGUUCACAAAAAGGCUUCUUCACCUAUUCAGUUGGUCAACAACAAAGUAGUCAGCUUCUUGCAUCUGCAGCUCAAGCCUCUUCCUUUGGUAUGGAUUCGCAUGUCCACCGCAAGCUCGACAACACACGCUUCAGCUACCGAGGCCGUUCAUAUGGUGUCGGCGCAGCUGUCGGAUUGAAGGACCAAGCAAUCACCUCGAACAGCCAGAUUGCAGGGUAUAUCUAUGAAGAGGCGGGCUAUGUGGCAAACGUCACCUGCGCAUACAACGCAACUUCCAACUUUACUCUUUCCGGACCAGUCAACGAAUGGAUAUACGCAGCGUCUGGUAAUCUUCCAGAUAGCGAAGAGGGCCCAGAGUACUCAAACUACAUCGGCCACGACGGCAAAGCCAUUGUAGCAAUGGGUGUGGCAUAUAGUGAUCGCUCACCUCGUCGCUAUCUCUCUAUCGCAGCUGGCGAAGCGUAUUCCUUUCUCAACACCACGCAAUGCGAAUUCGACUUCACGCCUACACUGUUCAACGUUACCGUCGAUGUUGGGAACCUUAGCAUCACAGUGAAGCCUAUACGGACAAUACCCGACUUCAAUCCUCAGCGCAACAUCACGCGAACUGUUGUACGGCAGUACGAGCUCAUGUCCAAUGAUAUGACAAAUCUAUACGUCUCUCUUCUUGGCGAAGCGUUCAACUCCAGCAUCGCAGCAUACAAGAUGUCACGUGCGUCUGCCACCAACCAAACAAUCGACGCAAUUCCCCAAGAAGAAGCCACACUUGCCGGUCUCACAAACAGCAUGGUCGCCAUGGCCGACGACAUGUUAGUAGCGUACGCAUCUGCGCAACUGAUGGUCGGACGCAUGUUUACACAGCAGCCAGCAAAGGUCUACGUCUACGCCCUGCAAUUCGGUCAACCUAGUUACAUCUACGCUAUCUUUUCUCUCAACCUUGUCAUCAUUAUUGCAGUUGUGUGCGAAGCUUUUCGCACGACUGGCUGGUCUAAUUUGGGCCGCUUCAAUUACCUCGAUCCUCGCGAUCUUAUCAUCGCUGCAUCGCGGGGUGGGGGUGAUAUCGCAGCUGCAGCAGACGAUAUUAUGGAGCGGAGGGAAGGAAAGAGGAUGAGACAUAUUUGGUUAUUGAGCGACCCUGAUGAGGGGAACGGGUCUCUCAUUGUUAAUCUGAGAGGAGAUCAGAAUGGGCAUGUUAAGAUCGAAGUGGGGGCUGGACAGUGUGAGAAGGAUGCAGAGAGGGACGUCGAUAGCGAAUAUCCGGCGGAUGAGAAGACAAUGUAUACGGAGCCAGGAGUUGCGGCGGAGAGAGGGCCGCUGACGCCUAAGACGCCGAUGAAGAUGAAGGUUGGCAUUUUUGGGUCCAAGUAGGAAGAGACAUGGGUUUAAGACAUUGGAUCUCGCUAGGUUCGAUCUGCAGUGCAUACGGUGCGCAUUGAACACUUUAUCAAAGAACUGAAUUAAUUACAAGUAUUGAGACUAGACAUUUUGACACAUGGCGAAGUCGUGAAUCCGAGAAGUCUCACAUGACUGAUACUGAAACGAGA